GUUGAGACUUGAGACAUUCCAAAACACUACAUCGUGGCCACUCGAAUGCUCGAAGUUCCUUAGCUCGAGCUACUUGCUUCAGCUGCGGUUUAUCCGCAUGUUUUGCAGCUGUAGCAUGCUUCGUACCGUUUGGCCCUUGUAUUUGGGCCUACGGUCACCUUUGUCACCUCUCACCUCAGACGCCUCGGCAUUUGCCUCCCUGUUGACUGUGAAGACUGAGACCCGUGUUGCUGAAGUGUCUUUGUCAGAGGAGUUGCCUUUGAACCUCACAGGGAAUGGUACAAGUGGGAACGCGUCUGUUGAUGAAAGGCUGGAAGACAUCUUGGUUCAGAACCUGAAGCAUGGGAUGGAAGACCUAAACAACAUGGGAGAUAUGGAGAAUACCACCGACCCAGUUCGCCAUGGUCUUGGGCAUUUGGGCACCAACCUGGAAUUCCUGAUGCUAAAGGUGGCACAGUUGGAAACUGCAGUUGAGCUGCAGCAAGCACCAAUCAAGAAGCAGGAAGAGGAGAUCCGCAAUCUGCAGACGCCAGCCCCAUCAUGCUGAACACUCGAAGUUCAUGUAUGGAUAUGACCUGCCGGAAAAUGUACCUGACGAUCAGUUCCUGAUCCUGAAUCCAGCAAAGGAUUCAGCUGAAAAGGUCAUCAACAAGCUGACACUUGUUUUGUCCACAGUCCAAGAUGAUGAAAUGAUGGAGAUUGGCUUUGCCAAGAGCGAAGAAAAUCGUCUCCGAUAAUAUGCUUGGGAACAAUACUUGCUCUACGCCUACAACGCGGCGAUUUUCCGACGAAGAGCUAGAAUUCUCCAGUACAGUGCACUGGUGCUUUCAGUUGUUGUGACCGUGGUUGCUAUCUUGUAUCGCGAAAGCACGACGAACCCAGACUCACCUUUGCAAAAGGAAGAGCUCAGAGUGAGCUUGCUGGUCCUGCCCUGUGUGAGUGCUUCUGUUCUGACCUCAAUCAGCCGGUUGAACUUUGUCAACAAGUGGGCAGCUUUGGAAAGCGGUGCUGUGAAUGUGAAGAGUGAGAUCUAUCAGUACCGCUGUCGUGUGCUGUAUUACCAGCCUCGGAAGUCCAACGACAUGGACAUUGAAGAUCGCGUGGAGGAGCUCUGUGACAAUCCUCCUAGCACCGCUGACCUAGCCACCCUAGCAGCUCUGAAGAAGAGGCAGAAGAAGGCUGAGGCAACAGCCCCAAAUGGAAUAACUCGUCGAGGCACUUUCUCAGCAGCUUUAGCGCAAAUCAACUCUGAUGCCACAGGCUCGGAUGUCCAGGCUGAUUACUUGUCUAUGCCGCCAGCUUCGGCCAUGGCAAAACUGAAGGCUAACCUCUAUGACUGGGACAAGGUGCUUGCCUCCUACCACCAGCGCACUUCCUCCACUUCCUGUUGCAAAAGGCUCUGCAAUCCCUGCAGACGUCCUUCUGCGAAGGUUAUGGAUCUUGAGGGCGGCCCAUGGAACCAGGCUGGCAGCGAUUUCCACCCAAACCCCUUUGCAAUUGAUGACGACUAUUUGAAUGAUGAUGGAACAUCUCUAGUGACGGCCGAGGACUACAUCCAUUUCCGAUUUUUGCCCAUGCUUCAGUACUACUCUUGGCGCAGCCGUGACCUUUCAAGGAAAGUGCUGGUACUCCAGGUCUUGACCUACUUUCUGACCGCGGCACUGGCGGCUGCAACUCCUCUCGGCUACAAAGCUUGGAUGCCAGUCCUGGUGUCCUUCAUCUCCUUUUUCGCGAGGAUCAUGGAAUUUGAGGCCUUGUCGUCUCAACUGCGCAAUGUCAAUCAAUCCUUGGAGUCGCUCAAGAACCUUCAUUUCUGGUGGCAGAGCCUUUCAAUGGUCGAGCGGCGAAUGCCCUCCAACAAGAACGAACUAGUGGCUUGCACAGAGGCGACGGCCGACAGUGAGAUCUCCGCGUGGAAAAAGACAUUGAAAGUCAAGAGUGUGACAUCUGGCGGUUCAAGUGGGAAAGAAGAGGCUGAGGAGGAUCCGGAUUGAUGUUUGUCGGAUAGCGGAUAGCCAAGCCCGGCAUGCGCAUUUUUCCACUGCAGCGCCCAAGGUGCCAGCACUGGAGUAGCCAGACAUGUCGAGACUGAUUCAGUUUCACCAAGUAAAGCUGAAAGACACAGAUGCCACAGAAAA